CAGGGGACAACAACAAAACACAAAUGCAUCAGAGCGAAAAUGCAAAAAUAAUGUUUUUCGACGUAUUUAUUUAAUGCAGUGUUUGGCUCACUUGGAACAAAACGGGUUAGCCCCGCCGGCGGUCGCAGUGCAGCCAUUAGCAGUUAGCGACAUUACCGCUAGCUCCGUGACAGGACGCGCUGAUGUUGCAGGAACGUAAACAUCGUUAGCUGGUUGACGAUGUUAACGCCAUGGCUAUCAUUGUGCCAUUAGCUAAUUCUAGUGACGCUACACACUGACGGUCCUGUCCGAACUCUCAAGUCCCUCUGCAGAGAGAUAUGGAGGCUCUAACAUGCUAGCACCAUGUUCAAAAAUGUGUUCGGCUCAGGGUUCCUGGUGAGGACAGCUCAUGUGGUUCUGACAUGGGUCAUCACCUUGAUACUCUUCCUGCAUGAUACAGAGCUGAGGAAGCAGGAGGAGACGGGGCAGCUGUUCCAGCCGGUGCUGUUCGUGCUGCUGGUGCUGGGCUCUGUGCUGCUCUACUUCGCUGUUUCCCUCAUGGACCCCGGCUUCAUCCUGUCUGAGGACAGAGACCUGCAGUUCACACUGGGAGUGACUGAGGAGCAGCAGGACAUGAUCCCCCCCACCACCAAGUCCAUGAGGCAGCGGCGCUGUGGACACUGUCUGCUGCAGCAGCCGAUGAGGUCGAAGCACUGCCAGACGUGCCAGCACUGCGUGCGCCGCUACGACCACCACUGCCCCUGGAUCGAAAACUGUGUGGGGGAGAGGAACCACCGCUGGUUUGUGCUCUACCUGGCUGUGCAGCUGCUGGUGCUGCUGUGGGGGGUGCACAUCGCCUGGACGGGCUUCAGCGCAGCCCCCAGCUGGCAGCAGUGGCUGCGAUCGGACGGCGUUCUGCUGGCAGUGGCCGUGCUGCUGGCCCUGCUGUCGCUCGUGGUGCUGCUGCUGCUCGGCUCUCACCUCUACCUGGUUUCUCUAAACACCACCACCUGGGAGUUCAUGUCGCGCCACCGCAUCUCCUACCUGAAGCACUGCGGCGCCGACGAGAACCCCUUCGACCGCGGCACCUUCCACAACCUGUGGGGCUUCUUCUGCGUGUGGGGGACUGUGGUGUGGGAGCAGGUGUACUUCAGGGAGGGCAGCGACCAGGUGUAGGAGCACAUGACGAGCAUCAACACACAGAACUACUUUGGGGUUUUGGGAUCCGACAGGAACUGCAGCUCUGGGAUAUGAACUCCUCCUUCCUGUCUGCCAGCUCUUUGAGUCCCCAAAGUGUUAUGUUAAAAAUAUAUAGUACGGGUCCCCAGCACAUAGAAACUGCUGGAUGCUAACCUGCAUAGGCUGUUGAUUUGGAGACUUUUGGAGUGGUUUUGCGGGUUAUUGAAGAUGCUGCAUCCACUUCUGACAUUUUCAGGAUCAACAAUGGCAGUUUUAAACAGAGUGGUCAUAUUUGUGCUCUCGGUGGGCUGGUUUUUAAAGUUUUGGGGAUUUGGAUUGGACAGACUGCCUAUUUAUUUGAAAACAAAAAUGCCCACAGUAGAGAUAAUAAUGUUCGUCUUGUGCUCCCUAUAUAUCGUAUGGUUGCACAGUACCCAUGGCAUUCAAAUCCGUCCAGUGAGAGUACACAUAUGGCCACUUUCUGGAUAAAGCCCUCCAUCACCAGGAGCUCCUACCUCACAGACCUGCUCCAGCACCACACUCCUUCCCGCAGCCUCCGCUCGUCAGACGCAAACCACUUCCUCCCAGGACCAAACUCCGGACCUGAGGGGACAGAGCCUUCUCUGUUUAUGCCCCCUCCCUCUGGAACUCACUCCCCAAAAACAUCCAUGACCGCCCCUACCUCACCAUGUUUGAAUCUCAAAUCAAAACUCACCUUUUCAAAACUGCUUUUAAACUGUUAAUGAAUGUUGUGUUUUAAAUAUAUCAAGUGUGUGGUUUGAAUUAUGUUUUGAUAAAUUGUACCUCUGUAAAGUGUCUGAGUUUUUAGACAAGCGCUCUAUAAAUAAAAUGUACUAUUAUUAUUAUUAUAUUAUUAUUACUGCCAUUUUUUUAUCUUCAAAUGAAGAUCCAGAAAUGGACCUGUACGAUACUUUUCUAUCCUAAAACUUUGGGGUCUCAACAUUCCGGGGUUCUCAGUGCUGGCAGCUAGACUGUUUGUGCAGUUUACCUUCUAUGCUCUCUGUUCACCCCCAGUGACAAUCACUGCAGUGUUGCACAUUUCCUGUUCCCCUCAUCUCCCCAGGAGGCUGAAACAGGUCACCAGCACUACAGACUUUAUUUAACAAUUGUUUACAACUGUUCAAGUAUACAGUACCAUGUCCACAGAGACAGGGACCUGACUGCUUCUGCUGACUCAUGCUUGCUGUUUAUUUCCCACAUCCACCACCACCCCCCCUCGCUCCUGCAUACUCCUCUAAAACACGGGUACAUGUGAUUUUUCUGACACACUGUAAACAAGACUCAUGGACUGUUAAUCAUUUUUUACUUUUAAUGCACGUCCAACAUUGCAUAAACAUAUGAUUAAUAUAUACUUGUUUUAGGUGCAUGUGAAGACAAUCCAGAUUUGUAUCUGUGCACUCAUCCUUAUCAUCACGCUGCAGAAUACAUUUUGUAUGUUUGCUUUAUUGUGGUUAUCUUCUUUGUUCUUGUUUUAUGUGAUGCAUUGCUUUUUUGCUGAGUCGUUUUUAUUCUGCACAGAGGUUUUACAGGGUCCACUCACUUCAAAAGAAAACCUGUUCUUUCUAUCUUUUUUUAAACCCGUUUGUUUGAAGUGCAGCUAGUUAAUCUGUGGUGUAUCGUUCCCAGCAUUUAAUCCAUGAUGUACAGGGUGACUUUCAAUGGACAGCAUUUCAAGCUAUUUUAUAUUGUAUAUCAUUUUCAAAUUAUUUUGAACGAGAAUAUGUCUUGAGAUUUUUAUAUGGCUAUUUUAAUGGACUAAUGAGUGUGGAGCAGAGAGCUGUAAGCGACACACUGUGUAUUCCUCGUGCAAUAGUAACCUGUCAGACAGCAAUAGUGUGAUGCUGGGUUCAAUGUACAGCAGUAGUGUUGGAUAAAAGCAUUACCUCCAUUUGGACUCACAGCUCUGGUUUAUAUGAAGUAACAUUUAAUCCAUGUUGUGUACUUCUGAAUUAUAUGCAAUACUGUAAUGCAAUGUUUUUAUUACUUUGAAAUGACUAUCUACACAUGGAAGAAUAAAUGGUUAAUGAAGA